AUGAGCAUAUUUUAUAUGUAUGUAUAUAUAUUUAUCCCAAAGAACACAACAAGAAGAACCCUCAACUCUCUCUCUAUUUCAGAUCAAUCAUCCACUAGAAAAUCAGCAUAUUAAAAAAAAAAAAUGCCUCCAAAAUCAUCACUUUUAAUCCAAAGAAUCAACCCCACCACCACCCCUACAACUUCCACCACCACCACCACUUAUAAACAACUACAAAGAUGUACACCAAUACCUUCACCAUGUACAACCCAAGUUCCAGAAGCCGUCAUUAAAUACCAUACUCACACCGUUAACCCUAACCAGUGUUGCUCCGCCGUGAUCCGACGUAUCUCCGCCCCCGUUUCCACCGUAUGGUCCGUCGUACGCCGCUUCGACAGCCCUCAAGCCUAUAAACAGUUCCUCAAGAGCUGCCACAUCAUCGGUGGGGAGGGUGACGUGGGCACGCUCCGUGAAGUGCGGGUAGUCUCGGGACUACCUGCAGCUAGUAGCAUGGAGAGGCUUGAUAUACUUGACGAGGAGCGCCACGUCAUCAGCUUCAGUGUCGUAGGUGGGGACCACCGAUUGGCGAAUUAUCGAUCUGUCACCACCCUCCAUGCGGAUCCGAGCAAUAUUGGGACGAUUGUUGUGGAAUCGUACGUUGUUGAUAUACCACAUGGGAAUACUAAAGAAGAAACGUGUGUUUUUGUGGACACUAUUGUUAAAUGUAACCUCCAAUCCCUUUCCCAGAUCGCUGAGAAUUUGAGCAGAUAACAGAUAGAGGUGACAAAUGAGCUGGUUGGAUCAAAUUUGAACGAGUCAAAACAGGUAAUUUCAUAAAGGGAUUGAUCAAGAUGAGUCAUAAAGAUUGAUCAAGAUGAGUCAAAGAAUGAAUGAUAAUCUAAUUCGUUUAAACAUAGACGAAUUGGAAGAGUUGAUUUUGCAAAAAGAAGGUGGCUGUGAUGAUAUAUUUCUUGAUCGAAAAAAAGAGGGAAACAGAUUAAAACAAGGAUCGAUGAUGCUUUCUUGAUCGUCGGAAGAUGUCUUUUGGGUAGGAAGAUCUUAAAAUUAUUCCAUUUUUUUAACAUGUUUUUUCAUCUCUUGUCCCGGUUGUGAUCACUUGCUGAAGAUAAGAUCAUGAUCUUAAUAAAACAAAUAUUCAUUGUCAUAAACUUGUUAUGUGAGGAAUUUAAUUUGUUUCU